AGCGGCGGGUAGUAGAGAAGCCGGGCUGCUCAGCCCGCACACUGCGUGUUAUUUAUUUAUUUCACUGGAUUAAUAAUAAGUGUUCAGCUUUUUCUGAUAAAAUCAGCGCGUGUGGGGAUUAUAGAGCUCAAGUCCAAGUCACCCUGAUUACAGUUAAUGAUCUUUAUUGAGCGUUCGAGUUUGGAAACGAAAGGGCUUCACAAUGCCUGCUUUCCGACAAGUGGGGGAGAAGCAGCUGCCAAACCCAGUUCUGUACAUGGCCUGGUCUCCUAAAAGGGACCUCAUCGCUUUGGUCAACACAGCUGGUGAGCUCCUGCUGCAUCGCCUUGCCAACUUUCAGCGUGUGUGGAAUUUACCCCCAAGUGAAAAUACAGGAAAAGAGAUCACAUCUUUGGCCUGGAGGCCUGAUGGCAAAAUCUUGGCAUUUAGUCUGGGGGACACAAAGCAGGUGGUCCUGUGUGAUGCUGAGAAGGCAGAGAUCCUCCACCUGUUUACUGUAGACUACCCCGUGUCUUGCAUGCACUGGAUGGAAGUGCAGAGUGACAGCAGUGUAUCAUCAUCGUUCACUGACUCUGAAGACGAGUCCAACCGAUUCCUGCCCAAGCUACCAAUUUUACCCAAAAGCUACAGCUCCACAUCAAAGAUUUUCAGUGAAGAAAAAUCAGAUGAAGUCACCAACCUCUUGGGAGACGUGAGACUCAAUAUCCUGGUGGUAGGCGGGCAGUCUGGCUUUGUGGAACUCUAUGCAUAUGGCCUGUACAAGAUAGCUACACUAAACACAAUUACCGGGGUUUGUCGCAGUCUCUGUCUCUCCGGUGACCUCAAGUCUCUUUCCAUUAUCACAGAAGUGAGAUCUCCAGAAGACAAUGCUGAGAUCCACUACGUACAGUUGGAUACAGGACUGCUUUCUUCUUGUCUUCCGGAGUUAACCAGGAUGGCACGAAAAUUUACACACAUCUCCACCCUAAUACAGUACCUGCGCCUCUCUCUCACCUGUAUGUGUGAAGCCUGGGAGGACAUCCUCAUGCAGAUGGAUCUCCGCCUCACCAAGUUUGUCCAGGAGAAAAAUACCAACACUCAAGUUCAGGAUGAGUUCUUGGAGCUUCUGCUCUGGGGACAUGCAAGCCCUGAGCUGCAGGCUCUACUCAUGAAUCAGCUGACAGUCAAAGGCCUGAAGAUGUUGGGCCAGUCUAUUGAGUCAUCCUACUCAAGCAUUCAGAAAUUGGUAAUCAGUCACUUACAGAGUGGUUCAGAAGCUCUGCUGUAUUAUUUAAGUGAAGUGAAGGGCAUGGCUUUGUGGAAGCAGAAGUUUCAGCCCCUGGGUCUGGACCCUACAGCCAUAGAAGAUGCCAUCACAGCAGUCGGCUCCUUCACGCUAAAGGCUAGUGAACUCCUACAAGUGAUUGAUAAAAGUAUGAAGAAUUUUAAAGCUUUCUUCCGAUGGCUGUAUGUUGCGAUGCUUCGCAUGUCAGAGGACCAUGUUCCACCAGAGCUAAACAAGAUGACCCAGAGGGACCUUGCAUUCGUUGCAGAUUUCCUUUCUGAGCAUUUUAGUGCUAACGAAGAGCUGUUUGAUCGCAAAGGGAAGUAUUUUAAUGUGGAGCGAGUGGGACAGUAUCUGAAAGAUGAGGAUGAAGACCUGGUGUCUCCACCUAACAUGGACGGAAACCACUGGGUGACGUUUGUUCAGCAGAGCACACACCUCAAAGAGAGCCCGCUGCUGUUCCCCACCUACCCGCAAAAAUCCCUGCACUUUGUCAAGAGGAUGAUGGAGAGCACUAUCGAUAUCUGUCUGCAGAAACCAGCUGGUGUAAUCGGGGGUUCAGUGAAGCAGGCUGUGCGUUUACCCCUGUACUCCGUAUCUAAGAGUUCUGAGGACACGCCUCGGUUGUUUGAGCUUCCUUCACUAUGGAAUGAUAAGAAUGCUGCUAUGCACUAUAUAGUGUUCUGCAUGCAAGAGAUCUCACCCUCCAAAAUUUACAUUCUGAGAAGAGCAACAGAUCCAAACAGGUCUGUCCCUAAUGGCUUGGUGGCCAUAGACCUGAAUACUCCUCUGAACACUACUAUUGAUGAUGAGGCGCCUGUAGCAGAGUCUGUUGAUCGCUCCUAUAGUUGCCUCGAUGCCCGCCUUUAUGAUGACGAGACGUUGACAGUGGUGUUGCAGGGCCAGGACAGUGAUGAUAACAGGCUCCGCCUCCUUGCCCAGCUUCCCCUUGGCUCUGCCCUCAGAUGUGAGGAAGGGUUUACGUGGGACCCCAGCCUUAGGCUGGAUCAGCAAAGUGAGGGGAUCCCCGCACAAGGGCUCACCUGGGGGAACCAAAGCCGAGAUCUGGAGAAUAUGAAGGCCCAGUUUGUUGCUGUGAAUGGCAUCCGCAAAGUAGCUUGUGUGCUGAGCUCAAACCUGCGACACAUCCGCGUGUUUGAGAUGGACGUUGAAGACGAGGAGGAUGAAGAACGGCCAGACGACUCACAGGACAUCAGCUCCGAUCAGGACGGUCUGGAGGAAACACAAGCCAAUCGUGGAGCGACAGGAGCAGAUGGAGACAAAAAGGCAGAGGCUUCUGGGGAAACAGGGGAAGAGUCAGGGGUCGCCGUGGAACAGACGUCAGCAUCUGAUACACUAUGACCUUUCCCUCCCACUGGACUUUUAAACAUGCCAACGUCUUACUUUGUGCAGACCAGUUGAGUUAACAAUUUCAAGUAUUUUUGUAACGAUUGUACAUCUGACUGAAACAAGUUCUGUUUUGAUGUUCUGUUUUGAGAAUAAAGUGACUUUUUUGAGCAGG